GUCAACGGGUCUCGUCGGGGGCUUCGCAGUGCGCGUGCGUCGCAGGAGGGGAGUCCGAGGGAGAGCCAGCGCGCGAGCCGGCUGCCCAGACAAAGUUCAGGCUGAACAAAUGUUCUGAAUCAGUACAGUAGUGGACUAUCUGCAAAAACAUCGAGUAAUCAGUGUUGCAGUUAAAUUCAGUUGGACAGAUCACGGGGGAAAAUAUAUUUUUAUGAAAAAGUUCUAUCACAUCAAGUGCAGCUAUGCAUUAGAGGAAAGUAACCUGCUUGUGCAGAGAAAAAUCUACUACUUAAAAGGAUGAAUAGUGAAGAGGAAUUCUAUGACGCCGUUACAGGCUUCGAUUCCGACAAUUCAUCAGGGGAAUUUUCAGAAGCAAUUCAUAAAGUUGACGUGGAUAUCCACCAAACCAAUAGGACUGGAAGACACAAUGGAGACGGUCAGGUGCAAGAGAAUGGAAUCAAGAAACACAGAACAGCAUUACCUGCACCAAUGUUUACCAGGAGUGAUUUCAGCAUCUGGAGUAUCUUAAAAAAAUGCAUCGGACUGGAGCUGUCUAAAAUUACAAUGCCCAUUGCCUUCAAUGAGCCUCUGAGCUUCCUCCAGCGGAUAACGGAAUAUAUGGAACAUACAUACCUCAUUAAUAAAGCAUGUAGUCACUCAAACCCUCUAGAAAGAAUGCAGGCUGUUGCUGCUUUUGCUGUUUCUGCUGUAGCUUCUCAGUGGGAGAGAACUGGCAAACCAUUUAACCCUCUCCUUGGAGAAACAUACGAAUUAUCCAGGGAGGAUUUAGGUUUUAGAUUUAUUUCUGAACAAGUCAGUCAUCACCCACCUAUCAGUGCAUUUUAUUCUGAAGGUUUAAACCAGGAUUUCAUUUUUCAUGGAUCAAUUUACCCGAAGCUGAAGUUCUGGGGAAAGAGUGUGGAAGCAGAACCUCGGGGAACAAUAACACUGGAGCUUUUAAAACACAAUGAAGCUUACACGUGGACUAACCCUACCUGCUGCGUACACAAUGUAAUUAUUGGGAAGCUCUGGAUAGAACAGUAUGGAACAGUAGAAAUUGUAAAUCACAGUACUGGAGAUAAAUGUAUCCUUAACUUCAAACCAUGUGGAUUGUUUGGUAAAGAGCUUCACAGAAUAGAGGGCUAUAUCCAAGACAAGAAUAAGAAGAAACUUUCAGUGAUCUAUGGCAAAUGGACAGAAUGCUUAUGGUGUAUUGAUCCUUCGACUUAUGAAAGCUCCAAAAAGAAUGAAAGGCGAGGUGGUGGUGACCAGAAGAAACCCAAACCGAGUGAGGACGCUGACAAUGACGAAGCUGAUGAUAUGCCUGAGAUCCAAGAGACUGUGCAAGUCAUACCUGGCAGUAAACUACUUUGGAGGAUAAGUUCAAGGCCACCUAAUUCAUCCCAGAUGUACAACUUCACCAGUUUUGCUGUUACUCUUAAUGAGCUAGAAAAAGGAAUGGAAGAAAUAUUGGCUCCUACAGACUGUCGACUGCGACCAGAUAUCAGGCACAUGGAGAACGGAGAGAUAGAUCUGGCUAGCAAAGAAAAAGAGAGGCUAGAAGAAAAACAGAGAGCUGCUCGCAAGGAACGUGCAAAAGAGGAAACCGAAUGGAGGACAAGAUGGUUUUAUCAAGGUAGCAAUCCAUAUACUGGGACUCCUGACUGGUUAUACUCAGGCGGAUACUUUGACAGAAACUUCUUUGACUGUCCAGAUAUAUACUGAAAUCUUGAAUGCUGUUGCUGCUUCGCCCAGAGCUGGUCAACUUCAGCUGAUGCCAGUGACUCUGGCUUGGUCAAGAGCAGAAACCUCGCUUUUCUAAAGUAAAUUUUAAAGAAACGGUCAGUCACCGAUCAAGGAUUUGUCAUUUAAUUUUGAUUGCCAAAAUAUGAAGUGCUGUUACUUCUUUCCAUAAAACGACAGCCUGAGAUUGCUGUGUUUCAGAGGGAAGUAGUUUGCAUGUUUUUUUCUUUUCUUUCCCCCAUUAGUCAGUUUAUAUUUUAUUAUUUGUUUUUUGGCCAGAAUGAAAAUGCUGAAGCCAGUGAUGCUUGCAGCACCUUAUUAAACAUUUAACUUAUUCAAUACCGAUGACCGCUGCACAACUUCUCAUAUUUCAGCAGUAAAGGAGACCUAGAAGUAUUCACAAUGUGGUGCAACGGUGGUGAAUUGGUACGACUGAGAAACGAGGGGUCAUUGGAGAGGUAUCAUUGAGAACUGGAGUGAUUGAAUUCUUGGGAGUUAUCUGAAAGGAGUCUUAUAAUUUUAGCUGAACAGCUUUAGCAGAAAGCAUUAGGCUUAACUUGCAGUCUUGGAAACUUUCACUCUGUUUUUGCCUCCCACCUUUGGGCACCACGAUUAUCAAUUAAGCGAAGUACCUUUACUUUUUUGUUACAAUGACAACAGCAAACGACUACAUUGAAUUUUGGAACAUGGUUUAUAGGUGUUCGUAACAAACGCCUCCUUGUCCAAAGUUUCAGAAUGUAUGGGGUUUUUAAACACAAAUGCUUUGAAGAUAUUCAUAGGAAUUUGGGUGUUUUGUGUGUGCGUGUGUCAUGUUAGAAACCACGUUUUUUUGCUUUUGUCAAGAGAUGUCUGCAGUGCUGCUUGUGGCAGGCUGAGACUAUUCAGGAUUUAUUCAUAAACAUGCACUUCCUUUCCCUUCUGGAUUUACUCCAAAUCUAUCAGCUAAAAAGGUCACAUUUCUAUUUGGAUUUUCCAGUGCAUGUUCUGAAGCAUUUAUUGGGUCAUGACUGGUAGAACUUCCUUGAAAAGCAAUUUCCCUCCUCUACCCUCUGGCUAAAACUGAGUGACCUGCCUGAAGCUUUCAUCGAACUUAUAAGAGGCGUAAUUUCCUUGAGCGUUGGCUUAUUUUUGCUGACUUAAAAACAUAUCAAAGCCAUAUGAUCCCUCUGAGCUGUUAUGAAUUAUUAAAGAGAAGUGUUUUUUUUCUUGUCACCUAUACAUUUCUAGAAGGCAAGCGAUGCUCUGAAAAUAAAGUUUAGGUUGGUAGCUUAAGCAAACUUUCCGAAACAAAUUGCUGAAUUUUGCCAUCAGCUGAACGGGGGAAAGGCCGUCUUGCUAUCGUUCUGUUAAAUGUUACAGUAACUGAAAGACAACAUGAGAGAUUCGACGAUAACUAUCCACUGAUUGGUUUCUUGGCUGCAAUCCCAUCAGAUUCUGUGUGGCGACACCAGUGUGGUAGUUAAGAAUGUUUUCCUUCUCUAUUCAAAAACGUCUACAUGUUUUGAAGUUUCCUGCUUGCAAACUUCAACCAAAGACGAGAGGUGCCGGAAUUGCAUCUAAAGGAGGGAAGCUUCAGAGACCUCUUUUGGGAUGCUGGUGUUGGCAUUACAGAGGCAUUUUUUGUAUACCUUGCCGACGGAGCAGGGGAAUUAGACGGCAGCAUUUUAGUUGCAUUUCAUUCAGUUAUCCAGCAAAGAAACUUACGCUGAGAACAUUCAAGGCAAUAAAAAGACACUACAGACUGAGAGAACCGUCUUUGGCUAGCAUGCCCUUUUGUCGUCUCUGAGCUUGAUAUUGUCCUCAGGCACAAUCUUCCAAGCGUUGUGUGUCGGGAGACGUUUAAGCCCCCCCAUUCGUUUCAGCAGGGCUAAGAAGUGCUCGAUAAGCACCAUUCCUACAUAAGAAGAGCCCUGCUGGAUCAGACCAGUGGUCCAUAUAGUCCAGCCUCCUGUCUCUCAUAGUGGCCAACCAUUUAUUCUGGAGGGCCAGCCACGGGGCAUCGAGGCCAAGGCCUUCUCCAAAUGUUGCCUCCUGGCACUGAUAUUCAGAGGUGUACUACCUCUGCAUAUGGAGGCUCCUGGUGACACUUCAAGUCUCUACUCAUCUAGCCUCCACAGUGUUUUCCGUUCCAUCCUGCGAUGAAUAAAUGUUGUAAAUGCACACACCAGUAUACAUAAACUGUUAAUAAGCUUUUCACUAGAUAUAAUACAAAUGCGCUGCAGGCCCUUGUUAUAAGCAUAUAAUUUACCAACAGCUGCCUCAAUUCAGAGGGGAGCAGAUUUCACUGUCCGUCCCAUUCCUGUGCCAGAUAGACACUUGGCCAGAGAUGAUGGCAUAGUUGGCAGCCCAGGGCGUGGAGCCUGCUGCUCUUAUUGCAGCUCUUCAAGGUAAGGUGACAGCUAUCCUCCCACGCCUGACUGUUGGACGUGAGGUAGCCUGAAUUCCUAUGGUGGCAAUUUGUUGAUGGAAUGGGUUGAGAAAAGGGCGGAAGCUCUCUUCCAUCCGUGGAUUGCCGCUCGCUGGUUCAAGGCCACUGUGUGCCCUUACCAGUGGAAGUUCUGGGGAAAAACUAUGUUGAGCCAGAAAUCUGUAUUAAAACUACUAGUAGCUACUCUGGCCUUCUUCAUAAAGAUGCGUGGAGGCAUGCUAUAGUUUUUAAUUAGAAGGAAUAUUUUAAAUUUUGAAUUGCCAGAAUAAACACAGCUGACCUAUUCUUUUUUUUAAAAAAGGCUUAGAAGGGAUAUUUCUUCCAUAUUGCACCACAAGAUGAAAAUGUCAUCCUAGCAUAUUUGAAAUUUUCAUUAUUUUUUUUUUUAAAAAUCAUUGGUGACGAUAAUAUGCUAUGCCCAGUUUUAUUAUAUAAAAAAAGAUUUAAUAUUUUCUACUGGUUAGCUUUUUGCUUAAUCAACUUGCAUUUGAAUUACACGUAAAUCAUGAUCUCAUGUUAUGCCUCCCGUCCUCCUUCGUCCUGCCAGCCGGUGUAGAGGCUCAAUGUCCUUGAAAUACCUGACUGGUGUAUAAAGGAAAGGGGAAAGACCGGCGGGUCUGUGUUUGAAGGAAGCCUGGAACAGCCAGCUUGUGUGGGAGGCAGGGGAGGUUCUCCCAUAUUCAUUUUAACUCCUAGCCUGUCUCUUCUCCAAGGCAGCUGGCAAACUAAAAACAACACACCACAAUAGCGUCAGAUUGAAAUACAGACUAGAGCCUGCGACCCUUUAAAAGCUUUGCCCAUAAAAUUUAAACCCUUAAAAAAAACAAAGAUACUUGCCUGUUUCGUUUACGUUGUAUCUGCACUUAUCAGUACCGCUGUCAUCACUUGAGCACUGCCUUACAAAGUAAGUUGACCAUUUGACCCUUCCAUGGGGGGGGGAAAGCACUUUUUAAAAUAAUCAUGUUAAAAUAUUAAGGUAGAUGUUAAAGUAAAUGUUAACUUAAAUAUUUUUAUGAGGAUAGUUACUUAUUUUCUUGGCUGCUCACUUUCAGUUGUAUCCACCUUGAUACGUUGAUUUGAUGUUUAAGACUGGCGCACGCAUUAGCCCUCAAUCCAUAGGUGCUGAUGGGCACUCAAAAACUUUGAUGUGCAUACGGUUCUCUGCAAACAGGAGCUUUCCUCUUCCACUCCAGUGUCAGGGAGAAUUCCAUAUAUGAAUCACUAGUGCCUGUAGUAUAUGUACUGAUGCUAUAGUACAUGGGAAAGUCUCUGCUUGCCUGAAGUUCCAUGUCAACAUAAAAGCCCUGUGAAACUUUAGUCGGAGGGACUGCUUUCCCUCCUGCAUGCUGUGUCAAUAGGUAGCUGCUAUGUUUCCUUCCAGGCCGGUACAAGCUUACCUCUAAGCAAUAACUAAAUGGCCUUUGCUUGAGGUAUGCAAAGAGUUAACACUAGACUACCUUUGGCAUAGCGUGAUGAAACAGGCAAUUAACCUGGGAUACAGCUGGCUUAACCCGGGGAUGAGUACGGCAGAAAUGUAAUGCAUCCACAAACCUUUCAUAUCCCUCCCCAGCUUCAUUUCAACAAGCAGCAGAGUUGGCUGCGUUAUCCCUACAUGGGUUGCGAGAGGAUGCCGGAAUUUAAAUAGCACUACAAAUCUCUCGACUCCUCUGGCAGGAUUAUCUUAAUUGGAGAAUGUCAGUUCUUUUUUAUUUCACAUCAAAAGAUUUAAGAUCCAGCUAAAUAGUUACACAUUUUACCUGAUGCGUCUUCUAAAAUCCGGCUGCCUACAUAACUCAGGUUAGCCCCAUCUCAUUAGACCUCAAGAGCUAAGCAAGAUUGGCAGUGGUUAGUACUUGGAUGGGAGACCAUCAAUGAAGACCGGGGUUGCUAUGCAGAGGAAGGCAAUGGCAAACCACCUGCCUUGAAAACCCCUUGAUGGAGCUGCCAUAAGUCGGUCGUGACUUGGUGCCCCCCACUCCCAAGUUAAAAGGGAAUGAAAGGUGUGUGAAUUGCAACUUCUUGAUGGAUGGAGUUUGGUGAAACUCUCUUGAUUCCUUCCAAAAUUUACAAGUAUAAUUUGGUGUAUGGCCUUUUGCAACUCGACUGCAAUUUGGGAUGGCUCAUUCCACUCUUAAAGCUGCAACUCUUCUGAAUUUGCACAUUUGCCCACUCUUAGCUCCCAGGCUGGGAAACAAACCUGAUUUUAGUCUCUACCUAACUACAAAUUUUUUAUCGUGUUUUAUUCUGCCUUUUGAAUCUGAUGAUCAGUAAAUUAAGAAGCAAAUUAUGUGUGAAAUGCAAGCAGUCCUUCCUUACUAAAUUGAAAUCUUUUUCACAGCCCAAAGUUGCUCCCCAAUUCUAGAAAGGUUGCAAAGGGCCAUUCAGGUAACUUGUGAUUCUGAAGAAAAUUUAAAAAUGUGUGUUGUGAAUCAUCCAAAUGGUUCAGGUACCUGGUGUGGUCUCUCUCCUGUUCACUGUACUCUGUGUAUUUUAAUGUUGCAAAUAAAAUGUUGAUGUUCCGGUUUAUGUAGUGCUUUAAACUCACAUAUUAAUUUGACAAUGUACCGUAGUGUUGCCUCUCGAAAUACACACGUGAUUGGGGUUAAUUGUAAAAUAAAGCAAUACUUAAAUACAUGUAAAGCUAACGGUUCUAACACAGAAAAUUGAUUUUUUUUAAAGUAUGGUUUUUAUAGCAUGGAAGAAUUCAACAUAUUACCCCUCUCCCCUCCCCCAUCUCAGUCCACUCUGCUGUUGCUGCUGCUAUUGCUCUUCUUUUUUGCCUUACUUACUUCACUGUAUCCUUGUUUAAUGAUGAUUUACAUAGGUGGGUCAAUCCACUGGGAAUGUCUUUCAUCCAAACCCCAUUUGAAAGAGGGCUUGCGCAAGAGUAACUGUCCAGGCUGUACGCUUGUGCACCUUCCCCAGUUUACUUAAGUGGGGCUUGCACCAGAGAGCAUUUCCUAGCAGAGUAUACCCAUUGUGUUUUUUUUCUUUUGCCUUAUCCAUGUUGCAUGAAAAUGUUGGAGGAUAAUAAUAAAAAGGCUUUAGUGAAAUGGAUUUAUUUUUAUAAUAUUUAAUAACUGUCAAUACCCAUCUAUAUUAACGAUACAAAAUCAUAUUUACCUUUUUAGAGAAGUCUGUACAGGUUUGUGGACAUAAAUGUUUAAAACUGUAAAUCUGAAUAAAGCUUGUUUUGGAGAAGA